AUACGUUGCUGUUUUAUACAUAUCAAGGAUUUAAUUUUCCCUGUGUUACAGAAAUUAUAAAUUUUGGAACGCUUUGAAAUUUUGAUACAUUACUUUACGUGUGUGUUGAUUAUUUUUUUCACGUUUAGACAAAUUUAUCAAAAAAUUAAUUUUCAAUAUGGAUGACGAAUUUCAAACACGCAUGACUCUGCCACUGUUUAGCAGUUUCAGCACGAUAAGGAGAUACACUUUCAGUAAAAUGGAAAUCAUCCUCGGAGUGAUCGCCCUUUCCUUGUUCGUUCUAUGCAUGACUUUGAUGGGUCUUCUGGGUACAGCCAAUAGUAAAUUAGACGUUCAAGAUGACCACGUGUGUUUUGAUAUCGGCUGUAUGGAGACGGCCACCAGGGCCAUGGAACUACGGAACAAAAGUGUUGACCCGUGUGAGAACUUCUAUGAGUACGCUUGUGGCAACUACCAGAACGUGGAGCAUUUUUAUGUCGACGGGCAAAUAUCAUCUUCAAAGCGAAGUGUGCAGUUGGAUAUGCUGAGACAGAAUGAAAAUAGAGUCCUUGAUCUUUUAGAAAAGCCCAUUAAAAAAAACCAUGACAGUUCAUCUGAACGUAAGGUGAAAGAAUUCUUUCGGGCUUGUAACGAUAUAAAUAGCCGCAAGAAAAACAAAGGAACACCAAUAGUGAGGCAGAUAAUUUCAAAGUUAGGGGGCUGGAAACUUCUGGGAAAUUGGAAGCCAGACUGGGAUUUUAACGAUGCACUGCAGAAGGUUCAAACUGAUUUACUGGUUGACCCAUUUUAUUCCGUUCACGUUUUCAGUUUUGGAAUAUAUGUGUACCCACUUGAUGCACUUUACAGAACUUAUCAUCGGGAAAGUUGGGUAAAACACAAAACCUACCGCACAGCCUACGGUAUGUUCAUUAGAAGAGUGGUCACCCAUCUAGUUAACGACGCCAUCAGUGCCAACCUGACACAGAAAACCCGUGUACACAACGCUGAUGUUGACGAAUUUAUAGACGAUGUUUUCACUAUAUUCAAUGGUUCGGUAGCACCUGAAAAAACUGUCUACCAGCGAUUUAAGAAAGUGUCAUUAGGAGAGCUAACUAACGUCACUGAGAACCACAUUAACUGGGUCAAGCAAUUGUCCUACUUUUUCAACAACGACUCGGUUACUAACGAGACCAUGGUAACAUUUGACAACGAAGCGGAAAUCCACUUAUUGCGUAACCUGAUGACUUCCCUUCCUGUCCAGAACCAAAACAGAAUUCUGCAUAAUUAUUUAAUUUGGUGCCUUGUAGAAGCCUACAGGAAAGAUUUAUCAAUGGAAUAUUUUAACGCUGACAGCGAACUGUACGAGCUUGAGACAGACCGACUCGAAGUUUUGAGUUUUCCCAGACUCUGUUUACAUUCAGCCUCGUGGGUACUAACCCAUGCUGUCAACUUCCUUUUUAUCAAACAUUAUUUUAGCGAGGAACAGAAGAAAGCGGCUCAGGAAAUCGUAAACAAUAUAAAGCUAGCUUCAAUCGCACAAAUGGAGAGGGCUCAGUGGAUGAGUGCAAAAACAAUACAAGAGGUCAAGGGUCAGCUGGAGGCGUUUACUCUCCACGUCGGAUACCCGGAUUGGAUGGGAAAUCAAGAAAAUAUUGACGAAAUGUACAAAUACUUGCGGAUCAAUGUUAGUGACCACUUUGAAAACUUACUGGAGAGAAACCAGCACUUUAUCAGAGUGAGAAGCGCUAAUCUACAAAAACGUGAAUCAUUCGAUUGGAUAGUUUACGGUGUUUACUCAGCUCAAUUUUCCGAUUACCUUUACAUCACAGCAGGUGGUUUGCAGCCUCCAAGCUUCUCAAUGAAUCAGCCGUAUUUUUAUAAUUUCGGCUCCAUUGGUGUUGCUGCGGCGCUACUACUACGUAUGAAAAUCAUCUUGCACGUUUUCGAUGUUGUUCCGGCUUUUCAUUGUAUCCAAGAUCUACACAGUGGAACUUCUAUCGAUGACAAGUCACUCGCUUAUUAUUCGACUAUUAAAGCUUUUGUGUAUUCAAGCAGCUUAAAACUUGCUUUGAAUGGUUACCAGAACUGGCUCAAGAAUCGAGGUAGUGAAGAGAAAAUAUUGCCCGGGAUGGGUUUAACCAAGGAACAGAUAUUUUUUUUAGCACACGCACAAGGACAAUGCUCUGUGGGGGGAAAUGAACUGCACCCGUAUCGAAAUAACGAUGAAGAGGAGCUCAAUAUGGCUAUUGGUCAGCUGGAGGAGUUCUCUAAAGCAUUCAACUGCAGGCCAGGCUCAAAGAUGAACCACAAGGUCAAAUGUAACUACGAUUAGCAUGACCACACACAC